AUGAAAUCCAAAGCCGGCGGAAACGGCCUCACGAGCGAGGCCGGCGGCGGAGGAAGCAGCAGUUCUCCUAGUCCACCGCCGUCACCGCGGCGGAACUCUGGCGUUCCGAGGUGCCGGAGGCGGCUUCGACCGGCGAAGGACUUGUUGGAGAGUCGGCGGCUAGUCGCCGGCAUCAUGGCGCGGCGGAGCCUCCGGUACUUCUUCCUGCUGCCGGUGGUGUACAUCUCCGGGUUGUUGAUGUGCGUGGGGCCCUUCUCCGCCCUCAUUGGCCACUCUCCUCUUCCAGGUUCCCGGUACCGCAGUCACGAGAUCUUCCACAACCUCUGGCACCAUAUCGAAACCGAUAAUUCCUCUGUCAUUGAGUUGGCUUCUGUGUGGAAGUACAAAAGGAAAUUGAGGGAGCAAAAGCCUUGUCCGAAUUUGACGGCUUUGCAUCGCGAACAUUUUGUGUCGCCUGGACGGAAUGGUUUUUUGAUUGUGGAGGCCAAUGGGGGUCUUAACCAGCAACGCUCUGCGAUUUGUAAUGCUGUGGCUGUGGCUGGGCUCCUGAAUGCAAUACUAGUUAUACCUCAGUUUGAGUUUCACAAUGUGUGGAAAGAUCCAAGUGAAUUUGGGGAUAUAUAUGAUGAUGGUCAUUUUAUAUCCACACUUGAUGGUUAUGUGAAGGUGGUCAAAGAACUGCCUGAGGCACUAAUGGAGCGGCAUAGUUACAAUAUGAGUAAUAUCACUAACAUAAGAGUUCAAGCGUGGGCUCCUGUCAGUUAUUACCUUGGAGUUGUUUCUCCUAUCUUGCAAAAGGAAGGGGUAAUUCGAAUUGCUCCAUUUGCCAAUCGUUUGGCAAUGAGUGUUCCUCCACAUAUUCAAUUUCUAAGAUGUCUCACUAAUUAUAAAGCAUUGAGAUUUUCUUCUUCAAUAUCUGCUCUAGCAAAGAAAUUAGUUUACCGAAUGAUUGAGAAGAGCUCAAGGACAGACGGAAAAUACAUUGCUGUGCAUCUUCGUUUUGAGGAGGAUAUGGUGGCAUUCUCCUGUUGCGUAUAUGAUGGAGGAGAGGCAGAAAAAUUGGAAAUGGAUUCUGCUCGAGAAAAAGGGUGGAGGGGCAAAUUUAAAAGAAAGGACCGUAAAAUUUUACCUGACCUUAAUCGGGUUGAAGGAAAAUGCCCGCUAACCCCACUAGAGGUUGGUAUGAUGCUUCGUGGCAUGGGAUUUGAUAACAAUACUGCAAUAUACUUAGCUUCUGGGAAAAUAUAUCAUGCAGAGAGAUAUUUGGCACCUUUGAUGAAGAUGUUUCCGUCUCUUUAUACAAAGGAAUCUCUUGCAACAUCAGAUGAGCUUGCUCCUUUUAUGGGCUAUUCCUCCCAAUUAGCUGCUCUGGACUACACUGUAUGCUUGUCUAGUGAGGUUUUUGUAACAACUCAGGGUGGUAACUUCCCUCAUUUUUUGAUGGGACAUAGAAGAUUCCUCUAUGAUGGCCAUGCUAAGACAAUUAUCCCAGAUAAGCGCAAGCUAGUUGUCCUUUUGGAUGACUUAAGUAUUAGUUGGAGAGCUUUCAAGGAUCAGAUGGAAGACAUGCUCAGUGAAAGUGACCGCAAAGGAAUCAUGGUACCUAGAGUUAGAAAAAUAAACAGAAAAACUUCUGUCUACACGUACCCCUUACCAGAAUGCAGGUGCCUACAGCAGUCUCUUGCCAAUCAAAUUGACCACAAUCUUGACGUUCUGUAUAAUUACAACGGAACAAAAGCUUAA